UUCGGUUAUUGUACAGCGGAUGAAAAGACACUGGCUAUGUAACUGAACGCCCGCCCCGUCCAAUAAAAAAAAAAAACUAAAAAGAGGAAAAAGAAAGAAAAGAAAGUCAGACAUCGUCAAAGUUUAAACAUGGAUUUUAAAUCUUUUCUCACUGCCAAAAAGCCUAGACGGUCAAACAGAUUAGAGAUGAAAAAAAUAGAAAAUACAGUGAAGCAUAGACAUUUAGGUUAUUUUGACAUAUUGCCUUUGGAACUGAAGUUUCAUCUUUUAACAUAUCUUUCAGUCGAUGACUUAAGUAUAUUAACAAUUACAUCGAAAGCCAUGCGAAAUCUCAUUGAUGGAUUCAAGACUACCAGACCAUCUGGCAGACAUUUACUUCCAAAUCCAUUCCACCAUGAAAUUCUAACUCAAUCAGAGAAAGACGAAUAUUAUUACAGAUUUAAACAGUUAGGUUUACUUAUGAAGCGGUCGACUUGCCUGUAUGCCACAAAAGAUAGAUUGAAGUUUGUGAAUGACUUCCUUAUGCGGAUUAUCUGUACGAAUACCAAGAACUGUGAGAAUCCUUUGAAUUGUAUUGCUUUGAUAUGCUUUGGAAAGUUUCUUCACACCGUGGUUGCUGGAUGGGAUGAUUCUGAAUGUCAAAGAGCAUUUGAUUCUAUAUGUUUGCAUACUGGUGCUUUAAGAAAUGUUAGCACAAUCCUGAAUUCUAAACCAGGUUUGCAUAGUAAAAUGGAAUGUGAUGCACGUUUGUUUUUCCGGCGAGUUUUCCUAGAUCACUGUGAAUUUGUUACGACCAGAUCCUUUUGGUUAUCUUGUAUCUUUAAAUCAUGGCCUAUGGUGCACCAAGCAAAGUUAUUGUAUUUACUAUAUGGACCAGCAUCACAAAAUGAAAUUCUAUGGUUUGAAAUGUGUGAUAACACAUCAGAAAAUUGCGAAGAGUCAGUGCAAAAUCUUGGUAACAUGGCCAAUGCUAUUCAUUGUCUGUAUCACUAUAAUGAGAAAUGGACCAAUGACAAUGCUGUCAGUGUAGUUGAUGAACUUACAAGUUUUCCUGAUCAGUGGUUAAGCGAGAACAUUGCCAACUUGAUGUUGCUUUGUGGCGACGGUAUAGCAUCGAGAAUGUUAAUAAGUAAAGCUAUUAAUGGACGAAUUCCUGAACUUUCAGAACUGAUGUCUUCUUUUUGUACAGUUUGUGUUAAAAAUAAUUUUAAUAUCAACUAUGUUGUAUCAUCAUUAUGGAGAAUAUUAGAAGUCAUGAAUCAACCAAAAGAUAGAAUUAUGUUGCUAAAUACAAUGAUGGACAUGUAUCAAAGACUAAUAAUGGAUCUACAUUUAUACAAUGAUCCAGAAGUUGAUCCACAGAAUGAAAUAUACUAUGCUGUGAGUGCAAUCACUGAACUAACUAAAACAUUACUGACGAUAACCUUCAAAAGACUUCUUCCUGAAUGAGCUACCCAAUAUAUAAAUAUAAAUAUAUACAACCAUAUAUAUAUAUAUAUAUAUAUACACAUACACAGACCCACAUCCAUGAAUGAUACACACAUCUUUCUUCAUACCAUUUCAGAGUUUCUGCUUUUAAAUUGCUCUAGCUGUUUAGACUGUGAUAUUUUCUUAUUUAUUUUUAAUGUGCAUGUCUUUCAUUCAUUAGUGGCUUUGUUAAUUGCUUCUAAAUUUUCUGAGUAAAUUAAAGUUAAUAAUAAAAAUAUUUUUGGAAAUGUUGCAGCAAUCUUAAGUAAGAGCUGCAAUAGCAAUCUUUUACUAUUGUCAACACAAAAUUUAUAAUCUAAUACAAUUGUUUUAUUUGUGAUAUUAUUUAUUAAAAUUCUCUACAUCAGUAAAAAAUUUAUAACUGAAGAUAUUGUUGUUUGAGUUUUGUACUUAAUUUUGUUAUUAAUUCCAUUAAUAUUAUUUUGUUUUAAGUUAUUAUAAAACAUUUUCUUUAAAUCACUGACAGUGAAGCUAUAUUUUCUUAUGAUACUCUAUCUUUACAUAGCUUAUUUAACACAACACAAGUUCCUUUAAUAUAAAUGUCUUAAGGAAUUCUAAGAAAAUUUAUUUCAAGCCAUGUAGUCAUGUAGAUAUAUUCCCUUUGUAUAUAAAACAAUUAUAAUAAACUUUGAGCCUAUAAUAUGUAACUCAGAUUUUUAACUACUCAUUUGCCAAUUAAACUUCCUUUG